UUCCGGUGCAGGUACGGGUCGGCGCACGCGGCCUCGCCCGGUUAACUUUGAGGAGCCAUGGAGGGUGGUUUCGGCUCGGAUUUCGGGGGCUCGGGCGGCGGCAAGCUGGACCCGGGGCUCAUAAUGGAACAAGUGAAGGUGCAGAUCGCUGUGGCCAACGCGCAGGAGCUGCUGCAGAGGAUGACGGACAAGUGCUUCCGGAAGUGUAUCGGGAAGCCGGGGGGCUCCCUGGACAAUUCAGAGCAGAAGUGCAUCGCCAUGUGCAUGGACCGCUACAUGGAUGCCUGGAAUACCGUAUCCCGCGCCUACAACUCGCGGCUGCAGCGAGAACGAGCCAACAUGUGACCGGGACGGGCUGGGCCUGGUCUAGCCAGCGGUCCCUCCCCACCUGUGCUCGGUUUCCAUAAAUGUGCUUUGUGAGGUGGGGGCCGGCGUGUGCGUGCUGCCUGCCCCUGGUUUAUGAGGAUGAGACUAGUGCUGGGACACGGGGUUUUUCCCCGCCCCUCUUCGUCCAGCCCACCUCCUGCCAGCGAGUGUAGUUGGGGACUUGGGGACCCUGGACCUUUCCAAAGUGCUGGCAGCCUAGUGGCAUCUUCCGUGGUUUGCCCCGGUCAUCCUCAAGCCCUGGCCAUAGAAUUCCCCUGUGGACCUGGGGGUGGGGGUGGGGUGGGUAUUGUUAGAUCCCACCUGAGCUGUGACCUCCAGGGGGUCUGGUUGGCUGACAAAUAAAUUGAUGAGGAAGGGAUGGAGAGAGACCUUUGUGUCUUCCCUGAAGGGGGCCUUUGUCUGGGGUACCUGAGUCACCUCCCUAGCCCGGGCCUCAGUCUCUUCCCUGACUCCCAUUUUCCCCCUUGAUACUUGCUACUGGGUUCCCUGGAUGAUAGGAAGGUAUUUACACAAAAAGGAGCCUUGAAGAUGAGGCUGAGCUCAGCCCCAAAGGCUAGGGGGGCUGCCCUCUCCCUGGGAGGCCUUGCUCCCCCACAUCCUUCAUCCCAUCUCUGGGCCCUGGGUGAUGGGCAGGCAAGUCGUUCACUGUGAUGUGGAGAUGCUGAGCCAGU